AGCUGCUUUGGGAUGCACCUGUCCAAUUGUAAACUAGCUUGAAGGAAUGGCAGCCAUUACAAUGCAGCGGAUUCGGCCGUUCGCUGGCGUGACGACCACAUUUCCUUGCCGCACCCGCAUAGUAACACGUGCUCAGCUUAUACCAAAGCGGAAAUGCACUUCAAAUGAUAAAAUUGACAAGGCACGGGCUGCAUCCUUUGGCGAAAAGCUCAGCAUGGCCAUUCCACUCUCGCUUGGGGCGUUGGCCGUGGCAGCACCGCGUGCUAUGUCUGAAGACUUAGCGACUAUGCCAACCAGCUCACCUGCAGCUACGGAUGAUGCGCUAUUGCUAGCUUUAAGUACCCCCAGCGGCAGCAUCGAGGAGCUCAUCGUGCCGCUGCUUUUUGGAGUUGUGGCACUUCUCCUAACCGUCGUAACUGGAGGGGUCGCCUACAUAAACAUCAAGCAGUGGCUGGACAACCGGCAGGAAAAGGAGGAUCGAGACAGGGACGAGAAGGGCCUCAAAAACCCGUUUGAGAGCGGCCGCAGCAGCGCUGCAAAGGCUGGCAGCGGGGAGGCGGAGGCGGAGGACGGUGAGGUGGUGGUGCCGCUCAAGCGAGCCAGCCGACUGAGGAAGGAGAAGGGCAAGGGCUUUGCGGACAUCGCCAGCAGGCGGUGAGGAGGCGGAUGACGUCGUCGUCAGCAGUAGCAGGCGGUGAGGUGGACGACACGGGCUGUGAGGAGACGGAGCUGCUGAGGCGCGGAGGGAUGCUGGCGCGGAUGUGCGUGUAGCGGCCAAUGGAGGGACCGUUGGGCUUGUUGGUGGGGAUGCUUGGGCUCCAGGAAAGCCACCUGGAAUCUGUGGAUCCCAACUAGAACUAAGGAAACCAGUGCCCAUGACUCAACCGUCGCUGGGCUCAGCAGGGCUGGGACUUCCGGAAAUUUGUGUUGCUUGGGCGGAGGGCAGGACUUGCAGCCGAGAGAUUGACAGAGAUGGAGAGAUUGGGCUGGGGGCUAGAAGGGAUUCGAUGGAUGGAGUCCUGAGAAGACCGCUGGGUCUCCAAGCGCACCAGCAGUUGGGGGUCCUUAGUCGGUCUCUCCUGGGCUAUGUGCGGCAGGCAGCGGCGGGCGCCUGGUAACGGUUGCGAGCUGGCGACAAAUGUGAGUCCCGUGGUUCAGGCAUACGGUGUUUCUGGUCGCCUGCAAUUUUUUUGGAGUGUCAGCAAUGGUG